AUGGUGCACAUCGGAUCAUCCGCGCCGACCGAAACGGUCCAGAUCAACUCGGAUGCCACCCGCCGCAUGUCCAUCGCCGACGCCGACGCCGCCGGGCUCGCCCGUGAGGCGGCCAACGCGACUGAGGCUGAGCUCAACAUGGGCCUCAUGCAAUCGCUCAAGCUCUACCCCAAGGCCGUCAUGUGGUCACUCUUCUUCAGCACCGCCGUCGUCAUGGAGGGUUUCGACAAGACCCUCAUCGGCAACCUCUACGCCUACGAUGUUUUCCAGCGAAAGUUUGGUGAAGUCCAGCCCGACGGCAGCUAUCAGUUGACGGCGGCGUGGCAGGCUGGUCUCAGCAACGGCGCACUCGUCGGUGAGAUCACGGGUCUGUUCCUAAAUGGUAUCAUUGCCGAGAGGUUCGGAUACCGCAAGACCAUGAUUGGUGGCCUCAUUGGUGUCACGGCUUUCAUCUUCAUCAUCUUCUUCUCCGAGACCCUUGUCCAGCUCCUGAUCGGAGAGAUUCUCAUCGGUAUUCCAUGGGGUAUCUUCCAGACCCUGACCGUUACCUACGCCUCCGAAGUCUGCCCCACACAUUUGCGCGCCUAUCUUACUACCUACGUCAACCUUUGCUGGGUCAUGGGUCAACUCAUCGCCAGCGGUGUCCUUCGAGGCGUUAUCACCCGUACCGAUGAGUGGGGAUACAAGAUUCCCUUUGCACUUCAGUGGAUGUGGCCCGUCCCCCUCAUAAUCGGCAUCUUCUUCGCCCCUGAAUCACCAUGGUGGCUCAUCCGCAAAGAGCGCCUCGACGACGCCAAGAAGUCUCUCAUUCGCCUCACCAGCCGCAACCAACAGCAAAACUUCAACCCCGAUGAGACCAUCUCCAUGAUGGUCCACACCAACGAGCUCGAGAAGGCCGCGCAGAGCGGAACAAGCUACAUUGACUGCUUCAAGGGAAGCGAUCUCCGCCGUACCGAGAUUGUGUGCUUCACAUGGGCCAUCCAGACUCUUUGCGGCUCGACAUUCAUGGGAUACUCGACAUACUUCUACCAGCAAGCCGGCAUGGCCAAGGAGAACGCAUUCACCAUGUCCCUAGCUCAAUAUGCUCUCGGCGCUCUCGGCACAGUCUUCUCGUGGUUCCUGAUGCAGCACUUUGGCCGACGCACCCUGUAUCUCUCAGGCCAAGGCAUCAUGUGCGCCAUCCUGGCAUGCAUCGGCUUCGCCUCCUUGGCCGGAAAGUCCAACGUCGCCGCACAGUGGGCCAUCGGCAGCUUGCUCCUCGUCUACACCUUCAUGUACGACUGCACCGUCGGCCCCGUCUGCUACUCCCUCGUCUCUGAACUGAGCUCGACCCGUCUGAGGACCAAGACUGUAGUGCUCGCACGUAACCUCUACAACAUUACCGGCAUCACAACCAACAUCCUUACCCCGUUGAUGCUCAACCCUUCUGCGUGGAACUGGGGCGCCAAGAGUGGUUUCUUCUGGGCGGUCAGCUGCGCCAUCUGCUUCGUUUGGACUUGGUUCCGUCUGCCUGAGCCCAGAGGUCGCACGUAUGGCGAGCUUGAGAUUCUCUUUGACCAGCGCGUUCCGGCACGCAAGUUCAGAAAGACGGAAAUUGCUGGGCUUACCCACGGAGCUCAUUCCACUGACAGAAUUUCCGAGAAGGAGGCGGACGUCAGCCAGAUUGAGAAGACUGCCUCGGCAUAG